AGAAGCACAGUUUAUUGUUGGCAAAUGUUCAGGAAGCUGCUGUAUGUAAAGCUUCGGAGUUGCAGGUUGCGGAGCUGUGACUUUCGUAGGCACGCAGGAUAUUCUGCAUGAGAUUGGACUUUUAAAUAAUAUCGACUAACCUUCAGAAGUAUAAGGGUAGAGGAUGGCAGACCACAUGAUAGCCAUGAAUCAUGGGCGAUUUUCCGAGGGAGCUAACGUUCUUCAUCAUCACCCAGCUCACAGAAUGGGAAUGGGGCAGUUUCUUAGCCCCCACCAUCAGCAACAGCAUGCUUUCAAUGGGUUAAUGGGUGAUCACCUACAGUAUGGAAGUGGAAAUCUGAACUCUAGCAACAGCGGAAUCAGACAUGCCUUGGGGCCAGGAAAUUUGAAUGGAGGGCAGCACCCACCGAAUAGCCUCCCUCCCAGUGCUAGAUUUAGUACUUCUCAAUUCAUGUCGCCCCCUGUUGGCAGUAACCAAGGAGGGAGUCCACUGACAGCCAGCAUGCAGCUACAGAAGCUGAACACUCAGUAUUUCAACCACCACCCAUUUCAGCACAACAGCCCGUACAUGCCGGACGUGCACCCUGCCAGUCACCCUAUAAGUGGCACAAAUCAACAGCAGUCGCCCUUUAGAGACUGCGAUCCCAAGCACAGCUCUAGCCUGCCGCCUGCUGGCCACAGCAAUCACCACCCUAGCGGGCACAAUCACCAUGCCGUCCCCGCGGCAGCCGCAGCCAUGCUACCUGUCCCUCUCAAUGUCAUCGAUACAGAUUUCAUAGACGAGGAGGUGCUCAUGUCCUUGGUUGUCGAAAUGGGCUUGGACCGCAUUAAGGAACUGCCAGAGCUGUGGCUGGGACAGAAUGAGUUUGAUUUCAUGACAGAGUUUGUGUGCAAACAACAACCCAGCAGAGUGAGCUGCUGAUUUGUGUGGGGCAUGUUUCCCCUUCAUCUAAACUGUUUUGAAGCAUUCCUUCUGUGAGAGGCAGUAUCUCUUAUUUCGACUCCCGGCGGUUGUUUGCAAAAAAAAAAAAAAAAAAUCUGACUGCAGAAGAAUUGCUGUGGGUUUGGGUAUCCUUGGGGAGGAAGGGAUUUCUGAACAUUUGACUUGGUUUGGACUCAUUUAAUGUAAAUACAGUGGAGCUUUACAUUUUUACUCCCAAAGUAGCAUGGCUGUUCUAUUGUAAAAAAAUCUAGUAAUGGAACCUCCCAGUGCUUAUAUGUAUGUAUACAUAUUGUUUUAAUAGCUACAGAUUUAAGCAAAAUUGUAACAUGGGAAAAUGGAUCACUUAAGGUGGUUUAUGCCAUACGAAAGAGCAACGUGCUCAGACACCACUCUACUGUGUAUCCAGGAUUUCCAGUGCUCAACCUUUUGUGGAUCAUGAAAAGGGAUACUGUUGCUUUAAAAGGCUGCCACCCAUCCCCCAUCCACCCUUUUAUGUGCAGACAAUAAAAUGGUGUGGAAUGUUGACAAGUCAGUGGCAAGCAUUUCACUGAGAUGUUUUAGUCUGUUCUGUCUGAAAACUAUCACCACUGUGCUAAUAUAGUUUACGCAAUACAUGGAGAUACUACUGUGUUGAAGCUUUUUAGAGAAUUUGACAGUAUUUUUGUACAAAAAACUUUUUUUUAAACAAACGUGUUAAUUUAUUCUAUUUUAUUUGCUAAUGUCAAUAAAAGUGAAGAAAUAAAGACCAAAAA